CCUCUCCUUUCUGAAGUCAAGUCAUAAGAAACCCUAGAUCAUGGCAGGAAUGUACGGUCAAGACGCCGGAGAUGGCGCCCCUCCUCCCUACGGAGCAAGUGGCGGCGGCGGUGGAUAUGGUGGUUCUGGAGGAGGCUACGGCGGCAAGGGCGGAGAUGGCGGUUACGGUGGCGGCGGAGGUCGUGGAGGCCGAGGUGGCGGCGGCGGCUAUGGUGGUGGUGGAAGAGGUGGUGGCGGCGGAGGAUAUCAAGGAGAUCGUGGAGGCAGAGGCGGUGGUGGCCGAGGUGGUCGCGGUGGAAGCGGCAGAGAUGGCGAUUGGGUUUGCCCUAACCCUAGUUGUGGGAAUUUGAACUUUGCUAGAAGAGUUGAGUGUAACAAGUGUGGUGCUCCUGCUCCUGCUGGAGCUGGUGACCGCGGCGGUGGCGGCGGCGGCGGCGGCGGCGGCAGUGGUUAUAGUAGAGGGGGAAGUGGUGGAGGAGGAUAUGGAGGAAACCGGGGAGGUAGAGGUGGUAGUUAUGAUGGUGGUAGAAGUGGAAACUAUGAAGGGGGUAGAGGAAGUAAUUAUGAGGGAGGUAGAGGUGGUAAUUAUGAUGGUAGAAGUGGGGGCAAUAGAGGUGGUUCCUAUGGUGGUAACCAAGGCAGAGACGAGGGUGGGUAUGGUCAGGUUCUGCCGCCUGCUGCACCCCCAUCAUAUGGUGGGACUGGUGGGAAUUAUCCGCCAUCGCACAACAGUUAUGGGGGGAAUGCCAAUUAUGGAACCGAAGCAGUCCCUCCUCCAACGAGCUAUACUGGUGGACCUACCUCGUAUCCCCCAUCCUAUGGUGGUCCUUCAGGUGGCUAUGGUGGUGAUAAUGUAGGUGAUGUGAGGAGCGGUGGCCGGAGCGGG